ACCCUCGCUUAUAAUUUGCUUUGUCCACAUUUCAGCGCUCUCUCUCGCUCUCUCGCUCUCUUGCGUGCUUCUUGCUCCUGCUUCUUCUCUCCUCUGUGUGGUUCGAUCCGGGAGUAACUCCGCAAUCAUGUUGCUAUAUCAGGAUUUGCUUACCGGUGAUGAACUUCUCUCAGAUUCCUUCUCAUACAAGGAAAUUCACAAUGGCAUGCUGUGGGAGGUUGAGGGAAAGUGGGUUGUACAAGGAGCCGUAGAUGUAGACAUUGGUGCAAAUCCUUCUGCUGAGGGUGCAGACGAAGAUGAGGGUGUUGAUGAUCAAGCUGUUAAAGUAGUUGAUAUUGUUGAUACAUUUAGACUUCAGGAGCAACCCUCUUUUGACAAGAAGCAGUUUGUCACAUACAUGAAAAGGUUUAUCAAGUUGACGACAGCAAAGCUGGAUGAGGAGAAGCAAGAGAAGUUCAAGAAAAACAUUGAGGGAGCAACCAAGUUCCUGCUCUCGAAGCUCAGCGAUCUCCAAUUUUUUGUGGGAGAGAGUAUGCAUGAUGAUGGAUCUCUUGUGUUUGCUUACUACAAGGAAGGUGCCACUGACCCAACAUUUUUGUACUUUGCUUAUGCUCUGAAGGAGGUCAAAUGCUAAGUAUGGAUGCGAGCUUCGAGGUGGAAGUUAUAGUUUAUCUUUGCACUGCUUUAUUUGGUGAAUUGUGACUACUAUUUUGGUUUAAUUGCUGUUGAUUGACUGUAAGAUUUGUAAACGUGUUACCAUAACAUGCUUUUCUAUAUUGUUGGGAUUAAUGUGGUGGUUCACAAAUAAUUUAAUCGUCUAUUGAGUAUUCAAAUUUUAUGGCAA